GUACGCCGAGCCGCCUCCUGUGGCUUGGCGAAGCGGUGGGUGGGCCUGGAGAAAUGACGGCUCUUUCCGUUCCCCUGUGAGGUGUUCCCUUUGUGCCUCGGACGGAGGGGUCGAGGUAGGCCUGGCCGGUGCGGCGUGGACGGAGCGGGAGAGAUCGCAGCAGGAGCUUCAUUUUCAUGGCCUUCCUGUUGAAAAUGCAACUGUCUGGUGUGAGACUGCCAAGUUGCUGUUCCUGGGUGAAUUUUUCCCUCCAGAUUGUUGAGAAGCUGAGGUGCUGUUUUGAGGUUUAAAGAAAGGUUCAUGAACCUUCCUGUGGAAUGUCUGGUAAUGGGUCAAGAUCAGAGUCUGUCAGUGGACUAACUAUGAAAUCACAACUUCAGGUUACUGUUAUUUCUGCAAAGUUGAAAGACAACAAAAACAAAUGGUUUGGACCUAGUCCUUAUGUGGAAGUAUCAGUAGAUGGACAGUCAAAGAAGACAGAAAAAUGCAACAAUACAAAUAGUCCAAAAUGGAAACAGCAUCUUACAGUAAUUGUUACUCCAUUUAGCAAACUAAGCUUUCGCGUAUGGAGUCACCAAACGUUGAAGUCUGAUAUCUUAUUGGGAAGUGCCACUCUAGAUGUUCAUGAGACGCUCAAAGCCAACAAUAUGAAGUUUGAAGAAGUAAUCGUGAACUUGCUUCUUGUUGGUGACAAAGAACCAGUUGAAGUGAUUGGAGACUUGUCUGUCUGUUUAGAUGGCAUGCAAGUAGAUCCUGAGCUGCUAACUAAUGGAGAUACUUCAAGUGUAAGAAGCCCCACGCAGAAUGAUGGCUCCAGAGCAAAAAAUGAGGCAAGGAAUAGCGUACAUAAUUCUGAAAACGCUGAGAUCCCCGGGUCUAAUGAAAGCAGGAUAGCUAAUAGCAGUGAUUGUCCUUUGGUUGCAAAUGGAGGUUUUAAGCCUUCUAGACCUCCCAGACCUUCUCGACCACCUCCACCCACUCCACGAAGGCCCUCUGCUCCAGCUGUAUGUACCAAUGGCCCAUCACCUUCAUCCACAGAACCAGAAGGGGCCAGUACAGGAUUGGUGCCAACUUCAACUGCAAGUGCUGGAGCGGAACAAAACUUUGAAGGGACAGCAUCAGGAGCAGCUGUACCCACAUCAGCUGCUUUGACCACACCACCAAUAUCCAGACAAGUUCAGCCAGUAACUCCUACAUCGCAGUCACAUCAUGCAGUCCCUCAAGGUCCUCUUCCACCUGGUUGGGAGCAAAGAGUGGACCAGCAUGGUCGAGUGUAUUAUGUUGAUCAUGUUGAAAAAAGAACUACGUGGGACAGGCCAGAGCCGCUUCCUCCAGGCUGGGAACGCAGAGUUGACAACAUGGGACGGAUUUAUUAUGUGGAUCACUUUACCAGAACGACAACAUGGCAGCGGCCAACUUUGGAAUCUGUCCGGAAUUAUGAACAAUGGCAGCUUCAGCGCAGCCAACUUCAAGGAGCUAUGCAGCAGUUUAAUCAGAGAUUCAUAUAUGGGAAUCAAGACUUCACACAGAGCAAAGAAUUCGAUCCUCUUGGUCCCUUGCCGCACGGAUGGGAAAAGAGAACAGACUGCAAUGGCAGAGUAUAUUUUGUAAAUCAUAAUACCCGCAUCACACAGUGGGAAGAUCCUAGAAAUCAAGGUCAGUUGAAUGACAAACCUUUACCAGAGGGCUGGGAGAUGAGAUUCACUGUGGAUGGAAUUCCAUAUUUUGUUGAUCACAAUAGGAGAACAACAACAUAUAUAGAUCCUCGUACUGGAAAGUCUGCUCUAGACAAUGGACCUCAGAUAGCCUAUGUCCGUGAUUUCAAAGCAAAAGUCCAGUAUUUCCGGUUUUGGUGUCAGCAAUUGGCUAUGCCCCAGCACAUAAAAAUCACAGUGAGCAGAAAGACAUUGUUUGAAGACUCCUUUCAACAGAUAAUGAGUCUCAGCCCUCAGGAUUUACGAAGACGCUUGUGGGUCAUUUUCCCCGGAGAAGAAGGAUUAGAUUAUGGUGGUGUUGCACGGGAAUGGUUCUUUCUGUUGUCGCAUGAAGUGCUGAAUCCAAUGUAUUGCCUGUUUGAAUAUGCAGGGAAGGAUAACUACUGCCUACAGAUAAAUCCUGCUUCUUAUAUCAAUCCAGACCACUUGAAAUACUUCCGCUUUAUUGGCAGAUUUAUUGCCAUGGCAUUGUUCCAUGGGAAAUUUAUAGACACAGGUUUUUCUCUACCAUUCUACAAACGUAUCCUCAACAAGCCAGUGGGACUGAAAGAUUUAGAAUCCAUAGAUCCAGAGUUUUACAACUCGCUCAUCUGGGUAAAGGAAAACAAUAUUGAGGAAUGUGGCCUGGAAAUGUAUUUCUCAGUGGAUAAAGAACUUCUAGGUGAAAUCAAGAGCCAUGAUCUGAAGCCCAAUGGUAGUAAUAUCUUGGUUACCGAGGAGAACAAAGAAGAGUACAUUAGGCUAGUAGCAGAAUGGAGACUUUCCCGAGGUGUUGAAGAACAGACCCAAGCUUUCUUUGAAGGCUUCAAUGAGAUUUUACCGCAGACGUACUUGCAGUACUUUGAUGCCAAGGAGCUAGAGGUGCUUUUGUGUGGCAUGCAGGAGAUCGACUUAACUGACUGGCAAAGACAUGCCAUCUACCGGCAUUACACCAGAACAAGCAAACAGAUUGUAUGGUUUUGGCAGUUUGUGAAGGACAUAGACAAUGAGAAGAGAAUGAGACUGCUACAGUUUGUUACCGGAACAUGCCGAUUACCAGUUGGAGGAUUUGCUGAUCUCAUGGGGAGCAAUGGACCACAAAAGUUUUGUAUUGAAAAAGUUGGUAAAGAAAACUGGUUGCCUAGAAGCCAUACUUGUUUCAACCGCUUGGACUUGCCACCAUACAAGAGUUAUGAACAACUGAAGGAGAAGCUUUUGUUUGCCAUAGAAGAAACAGAAGGAUUUGGACAAGAGUAACCGUUGGUGGGACAUGCACCCAAAGAACAUGAAUUCAUAUAUGGUGUGCACUCUUCUCAGUCUCUGCUUGUUGCACAUCUUACUGUAAAGAAGACUUGACUUUGAUUUUAUUUAAUAAUUACUAGUGUGUAAGUAAAUGGAUGUUACCCUGCAAUGUUAUGCCCAUUAAUUAAUGAUUUCUCCUUAGUCAUUUGAGAAAUCCCAAAUGAUACAUCUGUUUAAAAAAAACUAACAAGAGGCUUAUUGAAUCACUAGAUCUUGCUCUUGGGUUCUGUUCAUUAACUGGAAUUAUUAUUUUUUUUAAAAAAAUCAGGACUCCUUUUGUCUUUCCAUUUUAGUAGCAUCUCUUUGCUGCUGAUGCACUGGAAAGUCCAUUGGUAGCUGCAGUGCUGCAGCAUCCUUAUUUCUUACAGCACUUGCUUGCAAUCAGCUGGGGAUACUGCAAAGCAGAUCCCUUGCUUGUGUUAACUGUUUCUUACCCAAGUGUGGCUUGACUGUUUCUUCUCUCCCAAAGCCUGUUCCCAUGUCAUCUCAGCUAGCUGUGCAGGGAGGCAUGUGGCGCAAAUGUACACAUGCAAGACUCAGCACUGUUAAUUUUAGUACAAGGAUCCCAAUAAUCAGGUUUCUCGUCAUCUGAGUUUGUUCCCAUCCAAUCGGUGCAUUUCAACUUCAGGUCGUUUAUGGUACACCAGGGUAAACAAAUCACUGGGUAUCUUCAUUUAAUUCAUUUGUAGAUAAAUGGUUAACACACACAAAUGGCCAUUGAACUAGAUUUAACUCGGCUAUUUUUCUUCAUGAGGAAGGGAUAUGACUUACUAGAUACCAGUAGAAAUAAACUGGAGUCUUGUAGCACUGUAAUGACUGCUUUUAUUCCAGUGUAAGUUUUAAUGGUAUAGGUCUUGUUGGAGAAAAAAAGAAUUGAAAGGCAAAAAAUCCUGGGAGCUCUGGGUAUAAUAUAAUUAUGUCAAGAAUUAUGUCAAGAAUUAUGUAAUCAAGAAACAUACAAAAGCUAUAAGAGCAGUGAUGUGUGAGAAUGCAGUCUCCUUAGUUUUGCUAAGCUCUUUAACAUCUGUCUUGGUUCAGGAAGUCCAGGUCAUUUUUAAAUCUUGAGAGAUUAUGUCUAACUUCUUAUUAAGAAAUUCUAAUUUUACUCAGAACCUGUAUGAUUGGGGUGUUCACAGCUUCUGGCCUCACCUCAGCCUUGUGGGGGACCCACCUCAUACAUCUGACACACACAGGUUGACCUGUGUCUGGAAUGAAAACUGGUUAGUCUUAAAGUGCCACAGACUCCCAUUUGUGGCUACAACUGAAUGAACACAGCUAGUCCUUCUGUGUCCUAAGCACUGCUACAAAACUAGCACUUGAAUUUUUCUGACAAACCGAGGUGCAAUAAUUCAUAGACCUAGUCCUUGCAAGGGCUUUUUCCUGAAAACUUCCAAAUGUUACUUUAGAACAGCCAGUUGCUCAUGGGAGAAUAGAAAUGGCGCAUCCUUAAAACUUGCUGCCCAGAGCAGCUUCUUUUUGGCACUUGUUCAUAUUUUGUUGAUCACAAUCCCUCUAUCAUCCAUUGUCACUUACAACAGUAUUUUAAUACACUCCUGUUUUGGAACGAAAGCACUUUGUUCUUGUCCCCAGCUUACUGCCUUGAAUCCUUUCCUCCAGGUUGCUGUAAUCCAGAGGUGUGCAUGCCGCUUUGAACCUCCAUAGGAGAGAUGGUGACAUUUGAAACAGCAAUAGUGCAUGCUUAUCUAUCGGUCUUGCUCUAUUGUGUGAGGGGUGCAAAGUUCUUUAAAAGCUGGCCAAGAUGGUCAAAGAACCGACAUAGGGAACUCUUGCGCUGUUAGCAAAUAUCUAUCCAUCCAGAACCGAGGAGGGAGAGCAUGGUGGGAUUCCAGGUUACUGAAAGCCAUUUUUGUAACUGACUGAAUUAUCGUAAAGGCUAUUCUGAAAGAUAAUGUACAUUGUCAAUUUUCCUUCAGUCUGUAAAUGUCAGAAAGAAAACAGGCAAGGUUAGGGUUCGUCUCCUUUCAGGUACAUUCUAAGGAGUUCACGUAAAAGUUAUUCUCUCCCAAUAAUGACCCACUUCUUUCAUUGGUAGAGGAUGCUGCAGGGCACAUGUGUGAAUUCUAGGGCUAUGUCUGCUUAUGGCACUUGCCAAAGCAUCUGAUAGGUCUAUUAGAAAUGUAGCUGAUGGAGGAAGAAAAAGCCUUAGAAAUACUUUGUGUAUUGAUUUUAAUAAAUCUUAGCUAUCUAACAUUUAUAAGACAGAAAUGGAAUUAAGUUAAGUGAUGUAAUGAGUAACUGUGGGAAAUAGUUUGUCUUCUGCAUAAUGUUUCAUGAUUCGUGUAGGGACCUAGAAUAAUGUUAAUGUAUAAAUAUCACUCAAAAAGCUUUCUGCCCUAUAUUUUUAAAUAAAGGAUAGUUCUAAUUGAAACUGCCGAAGCCCUAGUUCUAUAGGGUGUGGCUGAUUAAUAUUUUUAUGGUUCAGAUGUUUAGUUCAGGGACAGGUAAAUGCUUGUAUAUAUUUUUGCUGUCUGGGGUCUAGCUUGUUCAAUUUCUUUUAAUUUAAAUGGCAAAUUUGUUUGUCUUUACUGCUGUAUUCCAGGGAAACGGGGGCUGGAUAUCCCAAGCACAGGAAAGUAUUUUAAGCACUCAGAACAGAGGAUAUUCAUGAAGUGUUAUUUCAAAUAGAUAUAUUGUAAGCGUUAAGCUAGCAAUAUCUCUAAAACCAGAAUGAAAGUUUGCUUUUAAAGUCCCCUUUGCCUUGUAAAUUCUGUUUAUGCCAUGUUAUGUUGCAAUAAUAAAAAAAGUAAUUUGAGCAGUUGGCGCACUCUUCUCAUUGUUGUAAUCUGGGAAACUUGUGGAAAUACAGUGCUGUUUGCUGGGUGGCUGGCUGGGUAAAUUGGACUGUGAACAACAUUUCCCACAAGAUUUGAACUUGUCUGCAUAAAGCAGAGUCAACAGUUUAUGGACAGCAAUAACUGUUGCAUGCUAUUUCAUGCUUAUAAGAAUGUCAUGGUCUGAUUUGACACACAACUAUCUGAAACUGCCUUAUAAAGACAUCUCUGUAUAUUGAUCUUAAUUUCCUCUAAGCCUUAUCUUUCUAAAAAGCUCAGGAUAUGUUGUAUGAAAUCUGCAUUUUCAAAUAGGUGUAUAAGACUUCAUGACCGUCACCACUUUAUUUCAGACAAAACUCCUGGUUCACAAUCAUAUAUAUAUAUAUGCUGCAAAAGGUUUGAAACUGAAGCUGCUGUCAGUGCAUUGGUAUGUCCAGCCCCUUUUGUGAGGUGGUCUGUUGCACAUUUUUUCCAGAAUCAUUGUUUAUGUAUAACUAGUACACAAACUGGGAUCAGAGGCACUGGACUGUAAAAUACUGUACUGGAAUCCCAUUGUUGACUUUUCCUUGAAAUGUAACUUCAAAUGCUCAGGUAACUGUCAAAAGUCUCUCACCAAGUCAAACUUUUAUAAAAGUUCUGAAAAGCUGGCA